CUAAAAGUGAUAUCUUUCCAUUUAAGAAUUAGGCAGUGUUGCCAACACUUGCAUCUGAUAUAUUUUUGCUGGCUGAAAUGUCUUAGGCGACAUUUUCAAAUAAGAAGUAUUUCCCUUUGCAGUAUUGAUUUUAAUUCACUUAUGAAGGCGGAAUCUGAGCCUUUAAUCGAUUUGUUGUAACACGUACCCAUCAGUAAAUAAGUUGGCAUUGGACAUUGAACGCGGCAAUAUAAAUGUCACGUAACUUUCAUUACUUGGAAGAAAAGAUAUUUUGACAGAACAGUGCAGUUGUUAUGACCAAUCUAACAGAAGGUCCACUAAAUAUCGAUGUGCUGAAAGAAAGCUAUCAUAAUGAAUUUUUCAGGUAUAUCGAUGUAUAUGCUUCACCUAAGUGUAUAUAUUGGGAGAAAGAUCUUUUAGCUCAUGUCAGUUCAGUGGUUAACAACUCCGAUUUGAAAAAACACGGUGUUGUUAAUUCUUUCCUUCUAACAUCUAUCAAAGAUACCUGCUCUCCAUCAACAUGUAAAUCUGUAAUAUUUAUUAUCAGUCCAAAAGUCAGCAUUGUUGACUGCGUACAAUCAUUUGUUGUAAGAGAUUCACAGGUCAAUCAAAACACUGGAAAACAAUAUGGUAUCAUAGCCAUCCCAAGAUUUUCAUUCGCUUGUAAAAAUUUUCUAAAAGUCAAGAAGUUAAUCAAUAAAUUCACGCAUAUAUCUGAAUUUCCUUUAACAAUUGUGCCUGUAGAUUGUGAUGUUUUAUCCAUGGAAGAUUCAAGUUGUUUUGCUAAUUAUUCAAUUGCUGAAAAGCAUGAUAGUAUUUAUCAAUUUGUACAAGGAUUAAUGAGAUUUCAGUCAAUUUUUGGUCUAUUCCCAAAAAUAUUUGCUAAAGGCGAAAAAGCUGUGCAAGUGACGAAAAUGCUAAGACGUAUGCUUGACGAAAGCAAAGCUUCUGAAAAGAGUCAAUCACAGUGUACAGCAUUAGACGAAAUUGAAAGUCAAACUGACUUACUGAUACUUAUUGAUCGCAGUGUUGAUCCGCUUACUCCAUUGUUAAAUCAAUUAACCUAUGCUGGAUUAGUAGAUGAGAAAUGGGGCAUUCGAUUCGGUAUUUGUAAGCCGUGUUUUUCAUCAGAAAACGAAACAUCAAGAAAGGUAAUGCUCAAUUCAACAGAUAUGGUAUAUGCAGAAAUAAGAGAUCAAAAUUUUUCUAAAGUAGGACUUACUUUAUCACAACUUACAAAAGAAAUUUCUGCACUUGUCGCAGAGUCUAAAUCAGCCAAAGAGUUGUCGGAUUUACGCCGUGUAGUUAGUCAAAUACCAGAUAUUCGAUUAAAACGAUCAGAACUUGAAAUACAUACUCUUCUAGCAGAAGAUAUUCAGAAACGUGUAAGCACUGAUGACUUUCUGUCGGGUUUAAAAGCUCAACAAGACUUUCUAAACUGCUGUGAGUCGGAUAAGGCGCAUCCUUUCAUUGAAGAUUGUAUAUUAAGAGGAGCACCGUUGGAAGAGGUUCUUCGGUUGAUUUGUAUUCAAUCAUUUUGUAAUGGAGGCUUGAAACAACGACUUUUAGAAUAUUAUAAGAAUGAAAUUAUACAGGUGUAUGGUUUUGAGCAUAUUUUCACUUUGGAUAAUUUGGAACGUGUUGGCCUACUUCACGAAUCAUCGAGUAAUCUACUGACUAGUCUACAAACAUCAAAUUUUACACCACAAGAAAAAAUUAAUCUAAGGCAUAAUAAUCCAGCAAAUUCUAAAUUGCCUACAAGUUUAAAACAAACAAUUAUCAAUAUAAGCAUGAGUUAUAAUUCUGCAUUGAAAGGAAAUCUACGCCUAAUACCAUCGUUUCCUAAUCAUCAUCUAAGCGAUACGGAACAGGCUUUAUGCAAUAUAUUCUCUGGAUAUAUACCUAUAUCUACACGUCUUAUUCAAAUAUUGACAAAUAAUUGGUAUCCAAAAUCAAAUCUAUCUUCGUCUGUUAAUCCUCCACCGAUGAUGACUGGUGGUAAUAAUCCUCUUUCCACCACCAGUGGUGGGGGUGGUGUCGGAUCAAGUAAUCUCUUCUUAUCAAAAGCUACUAAUGCUAUAAUGUCAGGAACACGCCUAUUGUCAGGUCUUCGAUCACAAGAUAGUUUAGAAAUGUCUGUAUUACCCGAGAUGGAUGAACAAAAUAUGACAUUUGGUUUUAAUCAUGCUGGGGGACGAGCAGGAGGUGGAGGGGAAGCUAGCAGUGCUGGUAGUAAACAACGUGUUUCCCUGCCUAAUUAUUCAACAUUAUCUACACUUCCUGUGAAUCGUACACCAGCUGUACACUCAUUAUCACAUGUCAUCAAUGCUCCCGAGUUAGAGGAGCUACAACUACCAGUGAAUAAUGAUUUGCCUUUCGAAUCAAGUAAUAUCAUUAAUAAUAAUAAUAAUAACAGUAGCAUUGGUAAUAGUUUGUUAAAUACAAAAACUAAUCUCAAUAAACCACGUAUUAUUGUGGUUGGUUUUGUUGGCGGUGUAACGCAUGCAGAAAUAUCAACUUUAAGAACAUUGGCUGCUGUUGAAGACUGUAAGUAAUGCAAGUAGUAGGAAUUUAAUGUUGUCAUUUCUACUGAUUAAAAAUGCCCAUUAAAAUUUUCAAAAGAAUGGAUACUGAACAAAGAGUACUCUUUUCGAUAACCCCUUCAUCAUAAGGCUCUACAUUUAUACAUACAUUAUAGUGAAUGAAUGAGUUAGUGUUAUAAACGACAUUAAGGCUGUUUAAAUAACAUCAAAUCAGUAAUAUUGAUAGAUUACACCUGAAUCGCAUCAACAUAGAAUAAGCUGAAUGUCAGAAGAAUUAGGAAGGAUAAUAUUACAAAUCCAUGAGUUUAUAGCUUCUACUGAAGGCCAGGGCAAUAGUAGGGGUUGGAUUUGCUUCUUUUGGGACACAGAGUGUUGGUUGUUUGAGGCGAAUCGCAAUAGCCUCUGCUGUUUGAAGCCUGCGGUGCUUCGAUGUUUUUGGUAAUUUGUUUGGCACCCGGUAUAAUAUAGAGAAGGAUUCAUCUACGCUGGCUUUGUGUCAUUUCUAUGUAUGUCUUUAAAUAUUCCCAUUUAUAAUAUUAGAACAAGACAUAUAAGCGAACAAUAUUGUUGUUUUCAAUUAGAUCUUCUUCAGGCUUUACUCUAAUUUACAUAGAUUUAUAUAUAAAAACUUUUCAAUUUUGUGGAUCAAAUAAUAAUAAUAACAACAAUAAUAAUGUGAUAAAUGUUUUGAACGUAGUUAAUAACGAUGAUUACAAUGAUAACCAAUUAUUGAUAAUAAGGUUUAUGCUGGUGGUGAUAAAAAUAACAAAGGUACUAAUAUGUGUGUUUAUGUAGACAAUUCAAUAAAUAAAAAUAUUAGGUCAAAUCUUAAAAGUUACGUAAUACUAAAGGUGAAGUGGACAGAUAAUCAAAGUUUAAAUAAAUACCAUAAAAGUACGAAGUAGAUGGAAAAUAAGAAAGGAUGCGAGGGUUCUGAAUAGAAUUCACCUAGGCUAAAUAAGGGAGAGACAAAGGUAGAACAAUCUUCUUUUGAUGUAUGCAGAGACUGGGAUUGUUUUCUCGAAUUACUUCCCAUAGCUUCGGCUAAGUGUAAAAGACGGGUUCUGAUUCCGUUCGAAAGACUCGAUGGAAUACGAUAGAUAACUUUGAAAGCACUAUUUUUGUCCACUUGGUGACCGCUAUCAUCAAUCAAAUGAACCAAAAUAGAACUUCUUAUAGAUUUUAUUUGACUUUUUCCGAACCAUGAAUGAGGAUGCUCAUAGACUUCGCUAGCCGCGUCCCCAUUGGAUUGCAGUUUCAUGAACAGUUUUUUUCUUUUCAACUGUUGUCAGUUUCUCUUUAUUGCACUUGAUGUUCAUGUGUCUCUUUACAAAUCUACUAGGAUAACCCAUUUGGACCAGCGUAUUUUGGAUGUGUUCUUCUGUCUGUCUGUUUUCGACAUAGAACUUUCCAAAAAUGUGCAGCAGUUCAAGUCACCACACUCCCACCUUGUAACACACAAAGCAAGAGAAGAAAGCAGAAUAGAUGCAUAAUAGAGAGACACUAAACAGAGGUGUGAGACAAAGGAAUAGUAAUAACGAAGAACAAUAUAGUUUCAUUGAAAAUCAUAAGUCACAAGGAGUGGAUGCAUCUAUGCCAGCUAUUGACAACGAUUUUGAGCCAUAUCACCAAUUGUUUCCAACCAUUGGUUUUUACCGACUCGAGGACGCCAACCAGUAAGGAAAUCAACACCCUCCUGCGUGACUAGCUGGCGUAAACCAACUGUUGUGGAUUUGAUUGACUGGUGAAUCCAUGUUUUGGUUUGACCACCACUGGCUAGCUCUUUUCCAGCCUGACCCUAUAUCAGAUAACAUUGCUUGUCGAGAAAGGCGAUGACUAGGCAUACAUAACACAUAUCCUAACCA